CAUUCAAGCGCCAGUACUUUGCAGCACCGACCAGCGUUCUUUCUUUUUUCACGGAAAAUGUAAUGAAAAACUGCAUUUAACUGCAUUUAAAACGUAGCAACCAGCCCGGAAAAGCAUCUGUUGUGCAAUCGCAUAGUCAAUAAACAUCCACACCCAUGUUGACCGAAACCCCCAUGGCCAGCGAGAACAUCAUGGACGAACUAGCCUCUCUGAUACGCACCGAGAUCCCCGAUGGCCGCCAGAGUCUGCGGGACAGCUACACGAACCUGGAGCGGGUGGCCGACUACUGCGAGGACACCUACUACCGCGCGGACAACAAGAAGGCGGCCCUGGAGGCCACCAAGAACUACACCACCCAGUCGCUGGCCAGCGUGGCCUACCAGAUCAACACGCUCGCCUACAGCUACAUGCAGCUCCUCGAGCUCCAGGCCCAGCAGCUCGGCGAGAUGGAGUCCCAGAUGAACCACAUCGCCCAGACGGUGCACAUCCACAAGGAGAAGGUGGCCAGGAGAGAGAUUGGCGUGCUUACGGCUAACAAGGUGAGCUCGCGCCAGUUUAAGAUCGUGGCGCCCAUCAAUCCGGAGAAGCCCAUCAAAUAUGUGCGCAAGCCCAUCGACUACUCGAUGUUGGACGAGAUUGGCCACGGCAUUAACUCGGCCCAGCACUCGCAGGUGCGACAGAAACAUCGAGGCUCCAGCCAUGGGUCCGUGCAAUCCCUAUUGCCACCGUCGGUGGGACCGCCGCCAACCACAAAGCCCCCAACUCCGCCGCAGAUGUCGCGGGCUGGGAACACUGGCACCUUGGGCAAGUCGGUCAGCAAUACCGGGACACUGGGCAAGAGCUCGCGGGAGUACCGCACUCCGCCUGUGGUCAAUCCACCACAGGUGCCAUCGCAUUACGCUCCAAACUAUCCUAUUGGGCAUCCAAAGCGAAUGUCGACGGCUUCUUCAACGAUGACUACCACCACCACAGGCGGCGGAGCGGCGGGCAAUGAGCGAGCGGCUGGCUACAGUGCACUCCCGAUGCCACCCAGCCAGCAGAUAGCCACCCAUGUAAACCUGCCCUCCGCGGGCAUGAUGCAAUCGCUGCCACCGCCGCCGCCCACUACGUACGACGAUCGGAGCAGUAUGCCACCAGCUCCUCCUUCGCCACUAACAGUGUCGCAGCACGAGAUGACCGAGCAGAGUCACAUUGGCAUGCACACCUUGGGACGCAAUAUCAACAGGAAUCCAAAUAGGAAUCACUUCAGUUUGAACUUCGCUCGACCCGGCUCACAGUCGCCCCCCUUGCCACCUCCGCCACCGCCGGAGGAUGAGCAUCAGGACUUCGGACGACCACGCACAUCGACGGGACCGCAGCUGGCGCCCAUAGUGCCCGAGGAUCAGAACCUACCCGGUUGGGUGCCCAAGAACUUCAUUGAGAAGGUGGUAGCCAUUUACGACUACUAUGCCGACAAGGACGACGAGCUGAGCUUCCAAGAAAGCUCAGUGCUGUACGUGCUCAAGAAAAACGACGACGGCUGGUGGGAGGGCGUCAUGGAUGGAGUUACCGGUCUGUUUCCGGGCAACUACGUAGAGCCUUGUGUCUAAGCCUCGCAUCGAUAUUCUAAACAUGCCAACCAUUACAAUAAUCUGCAUUAUCUGGUCUGUUCCAGUCCUCUGCUGCUUCUCAAGAGCUCCCAAGAUUUCUGGGGACAACUGAGGACCGCAACAGACUCAGCUGACAAUGACGAUAAGAUUUUGAGCAUAUUGAUAAGGACAAUUAUACAAUUACACACAUACACAAGCACA